AGCGGCCCUCCCCCAUCAAUUCGUCGCGACAUCAGAACGUUACUGUCAAGCAUCAUGGCGACAGCGAUGAACGAAGAUAAGCUCACGGCUGAGCAUCAACGCGCCGAGAAUGUCGCCGAGAAGAUCUCAAACUCCUCGGCAUCAGACGAGAUCGAGGCGCAGGACGUUGAACUUCAGGAAAGAGAGGCAGCCCGCGUUUUGAGGAAGGUUGACUGGAGAUUGGUUCCUAUACUUUCUCUGCUCUAUCUCGUCGCAUUUAUUGAUCGCAGUAACAUCGGCAAUGCGAAAAUCGCUGGUAUGACAGAUGAUUUGAAGAUGAACGGCAUACAAUACAACACUGCCGUUACGUUGUUCUUUGUUCCGUACACUCUGCUCGAAGUACCAAGUAACAUCAUCUUGAAGAUGAUGCGCCCAAGUCACUGGAUGGCCAUCUUGAUGUUUUCCUGGGGUCUUGUCAUGACUCUUAUGGGGCUGACAUCGAGUUACGGCGGUCUUCUCGCUGGUCGAUUUUUCCUGGGUGUUACAGAGUCUGGUUUCUUUCCUGCCGCUACAUUCUUGCUCACACUUUGGUACCGUCGCUUCGAACUCCAGCGUCGUAUGGCUGUUUUCUACGUGGCUGCGUCUCUUGCUGGUGCCUUCAGUGGUCUGCUCGCCUACGGUAUCGAGAAGCUUGAUGGCCGCUCUGGACUGGCCGGCUGGCAAUGGAUUUUUCUUCUCGAGGGACUUAUUCCAGUCGCAUUGUCUCUAUUCAUCUGGAAGAUUCUGCCAGAUAGUCCAGAGACCGCAAAAUUCCUUACCCAGCCAGAGCGUGAUCUACUCGUUUCACGUUUGGCCGACGAUUCCGGAUCCGGACAGGGCCGAACCACCAACGCUGACAAGAUCGGAAAGGCACAGAUUCUGGCCGGACUUUCAGACUGGAAGAUCUGGGCUGCGACGGUUGUGUUCUGGGGAAACACUGUGGGAGUAUAUGGAUUCACAGCGACUGUGCCUUCCGUUAUCAAAGGCCUAGGCUACACCAGCGCCAACGCACAACUUCUUACCAUUCCAAUCUACGUCUUCGCCGCCAUUCUCACCAUUCUCUUCGCGUGGGCCUCCGACUUGACUCGCAAGCGCUCCCCGUACAUUAUCGCCGGAUACUCCAUCGCAGUAUGUGGUUUCAUCGCGCAAUUAGCCAUCCCGAAGCCAAACUACCCUGGUAUCACCUACGGCUUCCUCUUCCCUGUUGCAGGCGGUCUCUACUGCCCAUUCACUUGCCUUGUCUCCUGGAUCGGAAACUCCCUUGCGCCAUCUUCGAAGCGCGCUGUCGGUAUGGCUCUACUAAUUUCCGUUGGAAACAUGGGCGGUAUCAUGGGUAGCAACAUCUACCUCGCAAGGGAAGCGCCAAAGUAUCAGACUGGCUUCAGCGCCAGUCUGGCCAUGUGCUGCCUGGCCAUCCUCAUGACGCUAGUUCUGAGGUGGGCAUAUGCAAAGGAGAACAGGAAGAGAGAUGAGUUGAUUGCCGAGCAUGGCGAGGAGGCUGUUCGCGCGAGGUACAGCGAGGAGGAGCUACUGUUGUUGGGUGACAAGAGCCCUUUCUAUAGAUACACUUUGUAG